GUCUGCUAAGUACUGACCAGCCAGCCCAGCCGCUGUUUCAGCCCAGAGCUGACCAGUCCAGCUGUCGCAGGAGCCAGGCGCGGAUUGGUGAGACUACGUGGGACUCUGUCUAUAGGCCGCGCCGUCCGGCUCGCAGGGCUUUGAUUGGCUCAAUGGGCGCUGAGCAACCAUUGGCUGCGGUGGGUAGUCUGGGCUACUGGGGAAAAGAAAAAGGGGUGCUGGGCCUGGCUGGGUAACAGAGGCUGGGGGUGACUGGACGGCUCCGCGGGGGUGGUGUCGCGGAGGGCUGCGGGGCCGAGACGUCCAGGGGUCACGCUACACUCCAGGAAGUGCCUGCGCUGGUGUUGCAGGUCAGGAUCAUGGGCUGCUUUUUCUCCAAGGGGCGGAAGACUGAGAAGGAGUCGCGGCCCGAGAGCGAGGAGGAGCGGCCCAAGCAGUACAGCUGGGACCAGCGCGAGAAGGUUGAUAUAAAAGACUACAUGUUCAAUGGGCUGAAAGAUGAAACAGUAGGUCGCUUACCUGGGAAAGUGGCUGGACAACAGUUUUUCAUUCAAGACUGUGAGAACUGCAACAUCUAUAUUUUUGAUCACUCUGCUGCAGUUACCAUUGAUGACUGUACUAACUGUAUAAUUUUUCUGGGACCUGUGAAAGGCAGUGUGUUUUUCCGGAAUUGCAGAGAUUGCAAGUGCACAUUAGCUUGCCAACAAUUUCGUGUUCGGGAUUGUAGAAAGCUGGAAGUCUUUUUGUGCUGUGCCACUCAACCCAUUAUUGAGUCAUCUACAAAUAUCAAAUUUGGCUGUUUUCAGUGGUACUACCCUGAAUUAGCUUCCCAGUUCAAAGAUGCAGGGCUAAGUAUCUUCAAUAACACGUGGAGUAACGUUCAUGACUUUACACCUGUGUCAGGAGAACUCAACUGGAGCCUUCUUCCAGAAAAUGCUGUGGUUCAGGACUAUGUUCCUAUUCCUACUGCUGAGGAACUCAGAGGUGUCCGUGUUUCCACAGAAGCCAAUAGAAGCAUCGUUCCCAUAUCCCGGGGUCAGAGACAGAAGAACAGUGAUGAAUCAUGCUUAGUGGUAUUAUUUGCUGGUGAUUAUACAAUUGCAAAUGCCAGGAAACUAAUUGAUGAGAUGGUUGGUAAAGGCUUUUUCCUAGUUCAGACAAAGGAAGUGUCCAUGAAAGCUGAGGAUGCAAAAAGGGUUUUUCGGGAAAAAGCACCUGACUUCCUUCCCCUUCUAAACAAAGGUCCUGUGAUUGCCUUGGAAUUUAAUGCAGAUGGUGCUGUAGAAGAAUGUCAACUUAUUAUAAACAAGAUAUUCAAUGGAACCAAGAUGUUUGUAUCAGAAAGCAAGGAGACAGCAUCUGGAGAUGUAGACAGCUUCUACAAUUUUGCUGACAUACAGAUGGGAAUAUGAAGUGCAAAUGUGGAACCAAGGAUUUGGUAUUAAGCCCUUUCCAACUUUUGUGUACAGAGUUUGAUAAUAUGCUUUUGUGUAUUUGCAGUGAUUUUUACUAAUGCUAAAAUUGUUAAAUGUUAUUUUUAAUAACUCAUUGACUACUGCAACUAUCAAAAUAGCUCAAUUAAAUAGUUUUAAUCUGCUUAAAAACUAUUUAGCCCACUUCAGUAAGCUUGUAGUUUUCUUUCUUUGCUUAUAAUACCCUGAUUAGAAAAUAAAGUGACUACCAGUUCAUGAUUUCAAUCCUAAUUAAAUAUACUUUCAAAUCUCUAAUAAUUUAAAUUUUCCAACUUUCCUCAGUGCUCUAUAUUUGUGUGAGAAUACAUUUCACUGCUUAUUUUAUCUUUUUAAAUUUAGAGGGAUUUGUUACUAUUUGAUCAGUUAGAAUGAACACAUGCACAUUUUUUCAUGUAUACAUAUUUAGUUAAAUAACUGCCUCUUGGGCCGGGGAUUUAGCUUAGUGGUUCUACCGUCUGCCUCGCAAGUGCAAGAUCCUGAGUUCAGUGCCUUGUACCAAAAAAAAAUAAAAAUAAAAAUAAAAUAACUGCCUCCUAGUUGCAUUAAAUAGCUAACAAGAUUUUGUACAUGAGUUGACAUACUACUUUUUAAAUUGAAUUUUUUAAAGAAAUAAGUGGUACAUGAGUGUAGUCCUAGCCAAUCAAAAGGCUGAGGCAGGAAGAUCACUUGAGCCCAGGACUUUGAGGCCUGCUGGGCAACAAAACUAAAACAAAAAAAAAAAAAAAGAAAAGAAAUAGGCAUUUGAUAACUAGCUUUGCAAAUAAGUCUAAUAACUUAUGUUGGUAUAGCAUUGUGAGGCUUCCUCAUAAGUAGUAUGACCAUUUGAAUAAAUCGCACAUUGUGUUUUUUUUUUUUUAAAUACAACUGUUAGAUGUCUCUUCUGCUUCUGGUAAGAGAAGGUAUAUGCAAUAGUAAAACUGUAGAAGCCUAACUACCAGCAGAUUUUUUUAAAGGUGAUUACUGUUUGAUCAGCCAUCUCCUGAGCUAUCAAGAGAUUUGGAACAAAACUUUGUGACUUUGAAAUAGGCAUGAUGAUAAGCCAUGCAGAUUAUUGAAAAGCUUGAUACAUUUAUCAAGUAAUGUAAAUAUGAUAGAAUUAUUUUGGUUGCUUUCAAAGCAUUAUUUCUCAAAUCCACCUGAUCAUAGUAAUUUGCCAGGAGGCAGGCAGGGUAGAAGUAUUUGUUAAAAAAUCCACAUUCUUGGGCUGGGGAUUUAGCUUAAUGGCAUGGCACCUGCCUCGCAAGCAUAAGGUCCUGAGUUCGAUCCCCUGUACCAGAAAAAAAAUCCACAUUCUUGGACCCAAUCCUCAGAUGCACAGAUUCAAUUUUUAGGUAAAACUCUUUCAAGGGCUAUGUUAUAAUCAGUUCAAAGGGUGUUGAUAGGUUGAUCAUGUGUGAAGGUGCUGAACCAGCCAUCCACAAAACAUACAGCAGCUAAUAGGAAAACAGCUUUCAUAAGCCUAUUUUAUUUAUUUUUCUAGUACAGGGAAUCAAACCUAGGGCCUCACACAUGCUAGGUAAGUGCUCUACCACUGAGCUACAUGCCCAGCCCCAUAAGCCUAUUUUUAAAGGGUCUAUUUUAAAAUCUGAAAUUUAAUUCUAUUUUGAUAAAACUAAGACCAAAAAUGGCCCCUUGUAAAAAUUAUUUUUACGAUUGUUACUAAAAAUACAUUUUCAUGUCUACAAUGUUUUUGGAUGUUUUCAGGUUAACUACUACAUUGAAUUGCAUGUUACUAUGCAGAAAUAAUACAUUAGAAAACUCUUCACUUUAAAUUAGUAAUAUUGAGCACCCACACUGUGCCUAGCUCUGUGCUAACCAUUAGCACUGUACCAUUAGAUUUCUUUCUUUUUUUUUUUUCCCUCAGUACGGGGAUCAAACUUAGGACCUUGCGCUUGUGAGGCAGGCACGGCACAACUGAGCUAAAUCCCUGGCACCAUAUUAUUUAUUUUACCAGAUCAUCAUACUCUGAAAAGUCAAUAUGAUUUCAUAAGGUGCAAAUAAAAAUUCAUGACAGGUUUAAUGUAACUAUGAUCAUAAUUUAUAAAUAAUCUUCGCAAAUAAUGGUCAGAGUGCAUUAACUUUUUAUCUUAGUGAAGCUACACUAAAUAUAUUCCUUCCUAUCAUGAUUAUAUUAUUAAACAUAAUUAUUCAUAUUUAAAAUAAUCAGUUCUUUUUUGUUUUUGAAAACUUAAAUCCAAUGUCAUGGAAAGAUAUAGAUUGAGUUCUUUAUUUCCAAUGGUAUUUUAGCAAACUCAGGAAUAUAAUAAUAAGGGAGAUGUUGAUUUAAGAUUUUCCACUAAAUUUAGUAUUUGUUAACCAAAGCCUAAAACUUUUUACUGUUCAAUUACAUAAGAGAUUUUAAUGUUUAAUUUCUCUUUUUCCUUUUUUUUGUUUUUUUUGGUGGUGUUGGGGGUUGAACCAAGGGCCUCAUGCAUGCUAGGCAAGCACUUUACCACUGAGCUACAUCCCCAGCCUAAUUUGUCUUUAAGGAGAGUCAUUUGGCUUCUGAAUGUUUGAAAAGAUUUUUUAAAAUAAUGAUAGUUUUUAUACUUCUAAACUUUGGUAGUAAUAAAAAUUACUAUAUUUCAUUUCUGAAAUAGGUUUUGAAUUCAUAAAAAAUUAUUGGCAAUGAAAAUUUAGUAACUGUAUUAAGUUAUACAUAUUUAAACAUCAUAUUAGUUUCUUUUGCAUUAAUAAGUGCUGCUGGUUUUGUUUUGUUUCUGUAUAUGUGCAGCUUUUAUAUGCAAUUUACCUAGUGUUUAUAAAAUGUGAUUUUUAAUAAAUGUUAAAAUGAAAAUGGCUUAACACUCAUUUUUGAAGAGCACUUCUAUAACAUACAUGUGCCAAAUUUUUUAAUGUUAAAAGCAAAAUAAAAUUUUCUAAUCUAUGUUGUAUGUUAAAGAGAAAUGAA